AUGAAUUCUCAAGAUGGAAUGCACGCAUUUCGGGGCUUCCUGGUCCACGAGGAUAUCCAAUCGUGGGCAGCUUACUCCAGGUCUCUUCGUGGAAAAUCCCAAGCAGAAAUCUAUAGGCAAUGGUCACAGCGUUAUGGCCCAGUCUUCCAAGUCUCGCUCGGAAACACCACGGUCGUAGUGAUCAACAGUGCAGCGGCCGCCAAGAAUCUUCUCAUCGGCCAAAGUGCAGCUUUUAAUUCUCGACCUGAAUUUUAUGUUCUCCAUAAGGUUGUCAGUAGUCAGGUUUCCAGCAUUGGGACAAGUCCCUGGGAUGAGAGUUGUAAAAAGAGGAGAAAAUCUUCUGCAACGGCCCUCAAUAGAGUGAGGACGGAAGGAUAUGCACCGAUAUUGAAGCUGGAAGCCACAGAGUUUCUGAAGGAUAUAUUGGAACACUGUGAAAAUGGAUCUAUUGAUCUCGACUUCCGCCAAUACACCCGCCGAUUUGCCUUGAAUUUGAGCUUGACACUCAAUUACGGGACUCGUAUUGCCGAUUCAAAGGACCUCACAGGCAACCCACUCUUAGCUGAAAUCAUAGAAGUUGAAGCAGGAAUCAGCCACUACCGCCAAACAGCAAGGAAUUUGAGUAAUUACAUACCAUUGUUACGCUACGUAAAUCCAGUGCUGUCAAAACUAGGUUUUGGAGAAACACCAGGCGCUGCGGCAGCUAUGGGUGCUCGCAGGGUGGCCUACCAUGAUGUGCUGCUUCGUCAACUGAAGGCACGAGUUGAUGAAGGAACCGAUUUACCAUGCAUCCAGGGUGCAGUCUUGAAAGACCCCGAAUCUGCGAAGUUAACCGAGAAGGAGCUUUUGAGCAUUAGUUUAAGCAUGAUGGCAGGUGCGGAUACUAGUCAGCCAUCACUUGCUUGGGCCAUCUUGUUCCUAGCACACAAUCCAGAAAUUCAGCAGAAGGCAUUUGAAGCUAUCAGAGAAGCAGGUAUUUUAGAAAGCAAAGACUUCGGCAACCUUCGAGUCCCAUACGUUCAAGCUCUGACGAAAGAGCUUGGGAGGUAUUUUACAGUCUUGAGGCUUGCACUUCCCAAAGCCACAUCGGGUCCUGCAAAAUGGCAGAAUUACGAAAUUCCAGACAACACGGUGGUAUUCUUGAAUUCGUGGGCAUGUGGUAGAGACCCAGAUGAAGUUCAGGACGCUUGGAGCUUUUCACCUGAGCGUUGGCUUGGGAACUCAGAAAAACAUCCCCAUCAAUUUGCUUUUGGAUAUGGUGGAAGGAUGUGCGUUGCUUCUCAUGUCUCGCACAAUGCACUUUACACUGUGUAUCUGCAUCUUAUUGCACAUUUCCAAAUCUGUGCCGUGGAAGGCGAAACGAGCAAGGCUGCUUUAGAUCCACUGGAAGCUUUGGCUGAUGUCGAGGGAACAGCAGCUACCCCAAGAACCUUUAGAGCAAAGUUCAUACCGAGGGAUAGGGCCAUGCUGCAAGAUUAUAUCCUUGAUGUGGUAGAAACAAGCAGGCGGUGA